AUGGCAGAUGGGACUGAGAGACCCAUCGGGUUUGUAUCACGCACACUCUCAGUAGCAGAGAAAAAUUACUCACAGCUUGAAAAGGAAGGUUUAGCUGUAAUUUUCGGUGUGAAAAAAAUCCAUAAAUACCUCUAUGGCCGUAAAUUUGUGAUUUGUACAGACCAUAAACCUUUACUCAGUUUAUUAAAUGAAAUGAAAGCUGUGCCACAGAUGGCCUCUCAAAGAAUCAUAAGAUGGGCAGUGAUGUUCGGGGCAUAUGAAUAUGUCAUUUCUUACAGAGCAGGCAAGGACAAUGGAAAUGCUGAUGCCCUCAGUCGUUUCCCUGUUCCAGAGAUUCCUGCGAAAGAACUGAAGGAGGAGCAUGUCUUGAUAGUGGACAGCAUUGUUGGUCCUCUGACGACCUCAGAGCAAAUUAAGGACUGGACUACCCGCGAUCCUGUUCUCUCUAGAGUGCGUGAGUAUGUGCUUAAAGGUUGGCCUGAUCACAGUAAUUUAAUUGAAUUUGCACCUUAUAAACAGAGACAGCAAGAGCUCAGUGUUCAAGAUGGAUGUGUGCGGUGGGGAGCCCGUAUUGUCAUUCCAGAGCAAGGACGUUCGGGAUUGUUGGAACGGCUCCAUCAGUCUCAUCCAGGUAUGUCAAGGAUGAAAGGCCUGGCUAGAAGUUAUCUAUGGUGGCCCAAUUUAGAUGCUGACAUUGAGACCAGAGUAAAAGAUUGUACUGUGUGUCAAGAACAGAGAAAAGCCCCUGUGUGUGCACCACUUCAUCCGUGGGAGUGGCCACGACAGCCUUGGAGAAGAGUGCAUAUGGACUAUGCGGGUCCAUUCCUUGGGAAAAUGUUUUUAAUCUUAGUUGAUGCCCAUUCUAAGUGGAUUGAUGCCUAUUCGGUAAAUUCAGCAACAACAGCUACUACUCUGGAGUGCCUUAGAAACAGUUUCAGUACCUAUGGCAUUCCUGAAAUGAUGGUGUCUGAUAAUGCCCCGUGUUUUGUGAGUGAAGCGAGCAAAGAAUUCAUGGCUAGGAAUGGAAUAAUGCAUGUCACCUCUGCACCAUAUCAUCCCUCAUCAAAUGGUCUUGCUGAACGGGCAGUGCAAACUUUUGAAGCUAAACAACAAGUUCAAAAAGAGCACCAUGACCAACAUGCUAGGUCCCGCUAUUUUGAAGUAGGAGACAUUGUGUACACCCGAAAUUUUGGGUAUGGACCAAAAUGGGUCCAGGGAGUCAUUCAGGACAUCACAGGGCCUGUAUCAUAUAAAGUAGCAUUAGGAAGUGCUCAAGUAGUAUGA